AUGUCUGGCUCAGGCGUGAAGUGCGUCACCACCCCUUGCAUCACCAGCUGCCCAGAUGCCAAAGUGGUGGUACAUCCACCCCCACUCAUCCUGACUUUACCUGGAUUGUCCCUCAGAACAUCUCCGAAUCAGUGCCUUCUGGAAACCCAGACUUCGUGCCUCACCAAUGGCUCCGAGGUGGGCUGUAACGAGGGCUCCACGGCCAUUGUCACCAAAUCUUCAGGCGUGUGUGCUCUUUCUGGUGGAGAUACCCCCUGUUGCACAACGACCUGUCCUGAUUCACAAGUGGUGAUUCAGCCUCCGCCAGUCUGCAUCACCAUCCCAGGUGCAGUCCUCACCAGCUACCCCAAUGAAUGUCUCAUAAAAACCUCAACCCCCUGUGUUCCCAGCGGCCCCCAACCACCCGCACUGACCCGUUCUACAUCGGUCUCCGAUUGCUCCCUUACUCCACGACGGCUAUCUCGCUCAGCCUCCGUCCCAUCAGGACUCGACAGCUUGUCUCGGUGUGUAACACGAGGACCUACAACCAAAGUGGUGAUCCACCCUCCACCAAUCGAGGUCACCAUCCCUGGUCCUGUCCUUGAAAUAGCCGCUCAAGAGUGUGCUGUGGAAGUCUACAACCCUUGCUCCAGCAACAACGCCCUCACUAGCAGCGACCAAAAGGCCAUCACCAGCAGUGACGAGGGUGAAGUCAAAGCUCUGACCACACAGGCCAAAAGUUGUACCACAGUGUGUGGGCUGAUGGACACUUCAUCCUGCAUCUCCCAGGGACCAGAGAUGAAAAUCAUUAUCCAGCCCCCUCCCAUUGAAGUAGAGCUUCCAGGACCCAUCCUUGAAGUUUUUCCAGAAGCGUGUAAGAUAGAAACUCUGAAUCCAAGUCCUCUGGAACCUGAGGCCAUCACUGGUAGUGAGACCAAGGCCCUGUGCAGCAGCAAGAUGACCUCAACAGCCCUUGCUACCACCUCCAACGUGAAACGCCCUCUGCCCAACCUCCGACGUGCCCCUCGACCUUGGGCUGAAAUGUACAGUCGGUCAAUGACACCCCGAACCAUUGCAUUAUCACAGCAAACCCGGUUGGCAAAAUACCGCAACACCUUACACUCCAUGAAUUUCCAGCCAUCUUUCUAA